AUGCAUUUUGUUUGUUUAUAUAUAUCUCUGCCUGCUUCAGGUCUCUUUGAUGAGAAAGGAAAGCUUCUAGGAUCUGCUAGUAGCCCGAUACAAAUAUGGAAAGAAGGUGACUGUAUUGAGCAAUCUUCAACGGACAUCUGGCAUGCAAUCUGUUCAGCUGUGAAGUCAGCAUGCUCUCUUGCAAAAGUUGAAGGGGAAGAAGUGACGGGCAUUGGAUUUGCAGCUACUUGUUCGCUUGUGGCAGUGGAUGCCGAUGGCUCACCAGUUACAGUUUCUUGGAGUGGCGAUUCAAGAAGAAAUAUUAUAGUUUGGAUGGACCAUAGAGCUGUGAAGCAAGCUGAGAAGAUUAACUCUCGUAACUCACCAGUGUUGCAAUACUGUGGUGGAUCUGUUUCGCCUGAGAUGCAGCCACCAAAGCUUUUGUGGGUGAAAGAAAAUUUGCAAGAGUCUUGGUCAAUGGUAUUUAGGUGGAUGGACUUGAGCGAUUGGUUGUCAUACAGGUCCAUCGAUUCUGUUGAGACGAUUUCAGAAUAA